UCUGUUGCCAAGCGCUUGUUGAUAUCCAGACUUUAUACAUAGUGAUCAGUGUGAUUGUGGUUUUGCGUACGAGAAAAAUGUUCCCUGGGGUCGCGUUGACCAUACUUGGCAGUGUAGCAUUAUUUGCGAUUAUCUGGAACCUAGUUAAGCUGGAGCUGCAGGACGAUUCUCGAAGGAGACGCAGGGUGGCCCCGCGUUUUGUCGUGAGACCCACAAGUUCUCAUGCCACAUCGGCAGCAACUGAUGGAGACCUAGAACCAUCAUGUCGCAUGUCGACCCCAACUCGAAGAAGGAACAGGAGGAACAGAUCGCACGCCAUUUGCAUGGAGGAGUCGGACGGCUCCGACGCCCCUGUGACCUACACCAGUGAUGACAAAGAUGACCUGAACGUGGCCCGCUUGGUUACCCAGAGACCCCCAAGUUCUCAUGCCGGGUCUGCAGCAACUGACAGAGACCUAGAACCAUCACUUCGCACGUCGACCACAACUAGAAGCGAUAGCCCACAUCGAAACAGGGACGGCGAGGACAUGUGCAUCAUUUGCAGGGAGAAUUUCAACGGUACCGGCAUCCAUGUGACCUACGACUGUGGUCACACGUUCCAUCUAGAUUGCAUGGAAACCUGGUGCGAAGACAACGACACCUGUCCCACCUGCGGAGCUCGUAUCGUGCCACCAGCAGUUUUCUCUUGAAUGGGCAGAUGAUAAGGGCUGAUACAUUUUCCUCCGUGUGUCCAUUGCCCAUGGUGUGUUUAGAUAGUGUGUUUAGCGCCCUAGCCUGUGUUUAGAAAAGUACCGUAGAUAUUCUGCUGGACAUCACCUGUGACCUAUUCAGCAGUUGAACGAUCAUUAUCUAGCGAAGUGACGUCAUCAAUAGUCAGCUAUACAGGGUGUCCAGGCUAAGUGUGAACAUAUUUAUUAAGUAUUAUAUAUCACUUUUUUCUAGAUGAAAUCGGUUGCAAUAUAGCAUAUGCUGAAGGACACUCCUUAGGAGGGCACUAGCAAACUCCUAAGACAAUAUCUUAAUUAGCUUCCAAUAAUUAACUUUUUAAUUAUAAA